AUGUUUACUCUUCGACGUCGAGCUCCCUUGCGCACACUCGCGUCGCUCAGACGCUUGGUAUCGACUCUUCCAAACAAUGAACAUAUUCGAGUAUUCAAGGAUUCAGCAUCAACCUCGAGCAUUCUCACCUACCUAGAAAGCGAUCCUCCGUCAAGGCGCCUGGCCAUUGGCACGACUACUGAGGUGCCCCCUACGCCUCGCAGCUUCACUGAGAACAAGCACUUUUUACAGAUUCUUGAUGAAGUGCUUCGUGAAUUCGGUCAUCUGGACGAAGAUGUCACUAGCCAAGCCCGCGCGCUUGUCACUCCUCCUUCUUUCCAGUUCAGCCCCGGAGGUGGCAACCCCCGUCGCAAGGGUGCCCGUUCUGAGCCGCAAGGGGCGAGCGGACAGGGCGGCGCCGGCGGGGCAGGUAUCGGCUCGUUUGUUCAUCUCGGCGACCGCAGACACCCGCCCGAGUUUGGUAGGAUCGCCUGGCCCGAGGACAUACUAGGAAGUGUCGAGGUCAACAACUCGGGUGAGGUCUCAGGCAAGCUGGAGCCUAGUGGCACCUACCGGCCAGUGACGAACGACGGCAUCUUGGGCUUGAGCCCCUUUAUACGAGAGAAGUUAAUAGAGCGCCUCAAGAAGGAGGAGGCCAAUGAACGGAGGUAG